CUGGUUUGUUUACAUACAGGACCUCAGUGUGUACAAUAGCCCUAAUAUCCUGAUUUUACCUGAGAUUGUGACGGUAUCCCUGAUAACAACAGACAGUACGAUUAUAGAAAGAUUCAGGGUAUAAAUCACUUUAUACAAUAUAAGGAGAAAUUGUCUUCAACAACAACACUCUACCUUGGAAAAUCUGCAUUGACGUUACAAAAUGAGUGUCCCGAAGACUGGCAUAAAGAGUGUUGGGUUCUGUAACGUAAUGGCGACAUACACUGCCGCACCAAACUACACAAGUUCUAUGGAUUCUUAUCGACCUACGAAUCAGUCUGGAGCGAUUAACAAUUCCUCAAGUCCUACUCAAAGACAGGAUUCAGCGGAUUCUAAUUCUUCCAGAGGUCAUGUCAGCUUCACUAAGCCAAAUCGGGACGAAGAAAAGGAAAAACGACAGAAGUAUUUGACAGCGCGUUACGGACAACACCAAAUGAUGUUGAUUCGCAAACGAUUGGCUGUUGAAGAUUGGUUAUAUGAACAACUAAGGGACCUUUAUGAGUGUGAGGAUGAUUCAGACGACCAUAACUGCAACCUUGAUAUGGAUGAUGUAUUAAAUUGUGACACAGAAGCUGAAAUACGAGAAUAUGCAUCUAGAGAAUUAGUUGAAGCCAAGAAAGCACCUGAAGUUUUAAAUAAAUUUAUAGAUGACCUUGUAGAGAAAGCAAAGACUUUGUAAUAGUGGUUGUCACGGAUGCAUCCACCAUCUUCAUCCCAUGGUCAAAUCACAUGACUUGUGAGGAGUAUGAGAGCUGCUGAUUGGUUGGUUGGGUUGUGUUUGCUUGCAUGGAAGAAGCUGAUUGGAGAAUCAUUAUUUUCAUACAUUUUUUCAUAAUAAGUUGAUUUAUUUCAACUUCAUUCCAUAGUUUUUCAACAUGCAUCAGACUUGAAAUUUUUAAAGGAAAAAAAUCAUGUUUGAAAUAGAUUUAAUUUUGAGAUAAACUAUUUCUUUAAGUGGUGAACUAUAAACAGAUUGGUCCUCAUUAUUCAUAGACACAUCACAUGCAACAGUAUGUAAGAUCUAUCCUCAAUAUAGAUUAUAAACAAUUUUUAGUUGGUUUGUAAUUGUAAAAUGUUACCUAAUUUUCAAAAAAAAUCACAUAUCAGUGAAUGAAAUAGAUAAUAAUAUUGGUAGUUUGAUGAAAUAAGAGUCCAUCAACAGUUUGUUAACCAGAAUAUAUAUUGAAUAUAUGGUGUCAUUUUUUUUUUCUUUUUUACAAAAAAUCUUGAAUUAUAAAUGUACCAUUUAUGAUAAUGGAGGUCAUGUCUUAAGUUUCCUCUCAGGAAUGACAGCAGAAGCUUUUCAAUCCCCCAUUGUGAUGUGUGUUGUCUUCACAGUACUUAUGAUGUAAAGCAGAUCUUAUGUACUGUCUAACUGUCACAUAUGCAACUUUUUGUGCUAAAAACAUCAAUUGUUAAGUUAGCAAUUUUUAUAACCUAUAGCCUUUAAUACUGAUUUUAGUAAUUUCUCAAAUAUUCACUCUUUCAAAGUAUGAAGGAAAUUGUCUUAUUUUACUCAUACAGAAUUACCAGGUGAUUCUUUUUAGGACAGGUGUCUUACCUUACACAUUAUACACAUAGUUACCUCCCCUUGACAUAUUCAAUUAGCAUUAUCAUUUAAGAUUACUUGUAUGUUAUUAAUACAUGUAUUCUUGUGUAUCUUUCAAGGUUCAUUCUUUAAGUAAUCCAAGUCUGUAUGAUUGUUGAUAAAAGGCAUUUUAAAGGAUUCCAGCCUUAAUAUGGAAUUAUAAGAAAAAGUGUAGUAAGUGUAUCAGGAAAUUGACGUAUAUCCUUAAAAUUUAUCCUGUAAAUUCCAAUUAUACACUUCCUUUUUGGAAAUAUGUAAACUACUGAAAGGAUAACGUAAGGUUAAUAUCUGUUCCUGUAUGUGCUAGAAUGUAAUAUUUGCUGUCAGUAUAAAAUAUUUAAACUCAUUUUUACUGACAAAGAAUCAAAGCUGAAAACCACUACAUUUAAUUUUAAUUAAUUUCUUGUGUAGAAUUUGUGUUUUACUAACAAUGCAUUUUAACGGUUUAAGCUAAAGGAAAGUUUUAAAAUUUUGAACAUUUUUAAAACACCAACAGUUUAAUGGUAUUAUUUUAUAUCACAUUGAUAUUGUAAUCAAUGUCUGAAAAUGUACUUAAUGUAUACAUUUUAGUGACAGUUUUACAGCUGAGUGAUCAAUGAAAAAUCAAACAAUGUCAAUAUAGAAAUAGAUAUUAAAUACAAUGACAUGGCCACAUUUGAUGGUUGAUAUGUAAAUGUUUUAACAGCUUUCUCUCAUUUCUUUGUUAAGUACAAUAGACUUGUUUUUAGUUUGGAAUUGCUGAAUUUUGAUGUUGUAGAACUCAAACUCUCUUAAAGGUAAAAUGUCAUACUAAUGAUAUAGGAUUUUAUUGUAAAGUGUGAUGAUGCUUUCUUUUUAAAGAAGUACUUUUUUAUAGAUCUCUAGUCUGAGGAUUUUUAGUAUAUGACAGGAAAGUUUUUUUCCUUCUAAACCUAUAACAAGCAAAUGAUGCAAGUUGUAUUGAAACAUAUUCUUUAAAUGCCAUUGAUUUCAGAUGAGGGGAGUCAGAUAUAUUCUAACACCAAAAUAGACAUUUACCCCUGUCCAUUUAAAUGUAAUAUUUAACACUAUGUAUGAAAGAACAAUGUUCUUUAAGCCUGACUGAUGAUAUAAUCUUUUAGCUGAUAUAUAUCUUUUUUGAUUUUAUGUAUACAAAAGUAUAAGUUGCUGUGUUUACUACUGAAGUCCUAAGUCAUUAAACCUUGCAUUCCCUGCCUAAUUCUUCUAAAUUUAAGUAGCUUCAUGUAUCUUAUUAAUCCAUUUAUUUAUUAUUUUCCUGCUUUACAGGUGUGUACACAGAUAUGGUCAUAGUUUAGAUGAUACACAUGUAUGUACAUGUAUGAUAGUGGAUACUUUUUCUGUUGUUUCAUCUACCUGUCUAUUUAUAAGUUUAUAGUUAUAGCUGGAGGUGGGAGAAUUGGAAAUCUGAUGAAAAUUGUCUUUAAAACUGUUAAGUUAAGAUUUGAAAAUCUGGGCUUCUGACAUUGUCCGUCCAAAACAUCCUUUUAUAUCACAUGUGCAUCAGUCUAUGAGAUUUCAGUAAGGACGUAGAUAUUUGCUUGUGUAUAUGCUUCAUUGAUAUCCUAUGUUAAGGUAUAGUCAACAUCUUACAUAGUUAAUUACAGUAUGCACAUUUCAAACAUUUUGAUCUUAAAACAUUUGGUGGUGUAAUGUCAGUAGCAUUAUUCUGUUGUCAGAAUGUAAGAAAGGUAUAAUUUGGAGCACAGUAAAUGUUAAUGUCUGUUACAAGGUGUAGAAAUUGUUUUCCUACUAAAUAUUCUGAUUUGAGUGUAUUUUUAUGCAUACAGCAUAUUUCAGGGAAAAAUCAAAAUGUUCUAUUAACUAAGUUUUGAGUAGCAUAUAAGGUUCUUCUGCUGGAAGAAGGCCACCUGAUAUUAUUCCCAGUUUUAACUAACAAUUAAUUGACCUGCCAUAGAGAUAAUCAUUAUGUUUGUAUUUGAAUUUUUAUCUUACAUUUUCUAGUCUGUCAAUCUUGUUUGUCUCAUAUUUUUCACCUACAGAUUUUACCUUAAAUUUUCAUCUUAAGCUGAAGUUAAAGACAUCAUUUCUUCCCUUGAUAAGAUGUGCAUAAAUAAAGAUUAAAUUUUCUAUUGUGGAUGAGAAAAAAAAUAGAAAUUAAAAUGAAGGGAAAAGUGCCCUUUGAAGCAAUAUUGUCUGGUCAUUCCUCAUUAAUAUCUGAUAUUCCAUUUUCUUGAUGUCAGAGAGGAUACCUUAUGGUAUUCCACUUAAUCAUUAAAUGAGUAAACAAACAUUAGAUAUCUGGCCUUAGGAGAUAAAACUUGUUUUUAUUGAUGAUGAAGGUGAACUUUACCUCUCGGUGAAGGGGAGGUAAUCUAAAACUUUUGAAGGCGUAUAAUAUUUUUUGUCACAUGCACAGUUUGUGUGCAAGUAGAAAUAAGCUAGUCGACUGGUGUACUGUAGUACAUGUACAGGCUCCUAUACAUGCCAGGGUUGGAUUGAGAUGUUACAUGUUUUGUAAAAUGUAAAACGAAACACUUUGUAUAUUUACGAAUCAACCUGAACAGAUGAUUAAGUUUUGAUUUUUUUUUGUAAUGAAAUGGUUCUUAGAUAUAUAUUUAUAUAAACAUUAUAAUUAAGUUUCAUUUAAUAGUUAUGCUAAAUGUUUUUGAGUAAAAGUAACACAUUUUGGCACUCUUAAAAUUCUUUAAUAGGCUAUUUAUGGGUUUUGUUGGUGUUAUGUAAUCUAGGUUUUUUGAACACGGGACUGUUGAUGAUGGUCUUAUGCAUUUUAGUCCACAUUGUAACUUAAAGAAAAGAAAAAUUAUUACUUGUAUGGAAACUGAAUGGUUCAAACAUGUUGAUGGUUAUUAAUCAGUAACAUGGUAACUUUUUAAAAACAUUUUGUGACCUAAAUCCAAUCCUAUAAACAUCCUUGCAAAAGCUAGUUUGGGAGCAUUAUUUUGUCUUGGUUAUGGACAUUGUGUAAUAGGGAUGAGUAGGGUGUGGGUGUAUAUGUCUGUUGUCACACUAUCUGGUUAUGGACUGUACAUUUUGAGUUUGGUAAAUUUGUGUUUGAAGUGUCAACAUAUAUUUUGUGAUAUUGGAAGUACAUCCUAGCACAAGAUUCUCCUAAUUCAACAUCCAGUAAUCUAUAACUGAGGAAGUGCUGAAAAUUAAGUCAGGAUCAACAUCAAACUGUAACUUUUUAACUAGUAUACAGACUUUUUGCUUAUACAUAUAAUCUUGUUUACAUGAAUUUCCAUGAAGCUCACUGUAGCUUUCAUAUUUAUUAAUCAAUAAUAAUUUUAACAAGAACACAUACUCAGCAUGUAAUUCAAUUUUUUACAAGACCUGGAAUGUCAGAUUAAUGAUUUGUUGGGAUGGGGGUUCUGAAAUAUUUUUUUGGUUGCCUUUCAAUUCAUAAUUUGUUUUUGCUUUAAUUUGUUAAAGCUUUUUUUUAUUCUUCAUUGGUUUCUGAUUUUCAACCCAAUAAAUGUAAUACAGAUGUACGACAAAAUUGUAUUUUUAAGUGAUAAAUUAUCACAGUGCUGAAAUGAUAAUGUGAUAAAAGAAAUUUGAGAGGGAGGGAACAAUUUAAUUAAUUGUGCAAAGGGCAACAGGAAAAUUGUACAAGGUUUCCUUGUGUUGUAAGAUACAAUCCUUAAGGACUGUUAAUUAAAUGUACAUAAGAUGAACUCCUGAUCUCACUUUUUUAGUCUUCCUGGCAUAGCUUAUACAUCUGUUUUGUUAGAUAGGUUUAUGUAUGUAGCACACAAUAUUCUUUGUUUCUCGACUCUUUAAUCAUCUUUAUUGUGAUGUUAUAUCAUGCUAUUUUACACUUAACCACAUCAGCGUGGUUGUAAGCAAUACAUUGAAAUUUGUUUUGUCAAUUGUACAUACAAUGUUUAUGAUUUUGAAAAAUAAAAUCUUAAAAUUGUGA